CAAAAAUAAAAGUUCCGUCAAAGUCAAACACCCCUAAUUAUUAGGUUCAAAACCUCGAUCUAAAUACGACUUGUAGCUCUUCCAAAGCUACUCUCCUUUCCUCGCUCGCCUCUCAUUAGAAUUCAAAUUGUGUUUGCAAUCGUUUCUCUACGUCUGCACUUGCAUACAUAAUGGCUGAUGCCGUUAUCACCCUCCUCGUUAUCCCUGUUAUUGAGGAGGCACUCUCUAGAGUCGCUUCAACGCUCGGCAGAAGAAUCGGACAAUUCUUGAAUUCAGGGGAUUUGAAGGCGGAGCUGGAGAAGCUGCAGUGGAAGCUCAAAUUCAUAGAACCUGGCCUCAAAAAUGUAGAUCAAAUGCAAAGUGAUGAACGCAUAAGGGAUUGGCUGCAGAGGCUCCAAGAUGCCGUUGAUGAUCUGCGGAUUCUGCUGGAUGAGGAUGCAUAUGGAGUUCACCGGCAGAAAGGUCGGAUUCCAAGCCAAUUCAAGAAACAGGUGCACAAUUUCCUUUCCCCCUCCAAAUCCAUGGCUAGCAAAAUUAAGGAGAUUAAUGGGUCUUUCGAUGAAAUUUUAAAAUAUUUAGAUUGUAGUAGACUGAUAAAUCACAACCAAAAUCGUGAAGCUCCUAGGCGUGAAGCUGAUGAGAUUAAUGUUUUGCAAAGGGAUGGUGAUGUCUCUGAAAUUGAAAGUUUGCUGGAUGAGUUGAGCCAGAAACAUCGCCUCUCUGGCCUUUCCAUAGUUGGCAUGCCAGGUGUUGGAAAGACAACAGUAGCUAGAUCAAUAUGUGUGAGGGCAAUGGAAAUGCACCCCUCCAGUCUGGUAGCCUUGGUGCCGGUCGAUAAGGAUUUUAACGAAGAGAUGAUUUUAGGACAGAUGUUGAAAUCUCUUGAUAGCCAUGCUGGUGGAAUGACAGAUAUUGAUCCAAUACUUCAUCAUCUUAAACCAAUGUUAAAAAAUAAAAAAGUUCUUCUCAUCCUUGAUGGUGUAUGGAAUGAAAAAGAUGCUCAGGGGUUGAAAGAGAUCAUCUCUUGUCUGCCACAAAGGUUUGAAACUGCUAGGAUCUUUGUUGUCAUAACAACUAGUAAUAAAGAGGUAGCUUCACUAAUGAUGGACACAAUUCCUUGGCGCAAGUAUGAAUUGCAAAAGCUAUCAGAUGAAGACUGCUGGUUGAUAAUGGAGGAGAAUGUUCUCAGAUCGUCCAAUGGAACUCCAAUAGAAGAUCCACAGUUGUUGCUUAUUGGAAAAGAUAUUGCAAAACAGUGUGGGGAAGCAGAAGGCAUGGUCGUGUUUCCUUGCCUCGAGGAGUUGCAUAUUGAGCAUUGCCCCGAGCUCAAAACAUGGUGGCAAGAUGGAUCUGCAUAUCCAAAACUCUCUAUGCUAGGCAUACAAUCAUGUCCGAACUUGCAGGCUAUCCCAAUUGGGCUGUCGAACUUAACAUCUCUUGAUAUAAACAAUUGUCCCAAAUUAAUGGAGUAUGCUCAAGAAGGCAGCCACAAAUGGUCAUCCAUUCGCCACGCUCAUAGGAUCAGAAUCAAUGGGCAGAUUGUGCUAUCCCGAAGAUCUUGAUUUUUCAAAGUGCCCUUUUUGAGACAAUAGUGGAUAAGGAAGAUACAGAGGAUUGAAGAAAGGAAUAUAUGCCAUACGAACUUUAUUUUACUGAGACAAAGAAGAAAAGAAGUCUCUUCCUAUCAACUUCUGCUUCUCAUUGGCCUUAGGAACGAUCAAAAUAUUCAACUUUGAUGGAAUGGAAGGUUUGUUAGAAUUGGUUGAGAGACCUCUUCUUCUCCAGGAGCUGAGAACUGGGUUUUGCACUAAUUUGAUGCGUCUACUUCUGCCGGCCCAUGCACCCAAUGCCUCUACAACAAACUAACAAUCAAGGGCCUAGGUUCAUGAUUCUUAUGAUCGUUCCAAUCAGAGGAAAGAUGCACGUGAGGGAGCAUUGGUGAAUGGUCCAAUGUUUUCCUGAAUCCAAGAAUGACUGGUCUUGAGAAGGUGCAUGUCGUCCCUAAUUGAAGCGUCAGGGCAUGAACUUACUGAUGAUGGAGAUCUCUUCUAGCAUCUGGUUGUAGAAGUAAAAUCAAAUAUAUAUUUAUAUAUAUCCGAGCAAAAUGUUCCCACCCUGCCAUUCUAUGAUUUUAUCGGAGUUCAUAAAUAAAACUGGUGAGUUCUC